AAAUCAUCAUGAAAACAAAACUACUUUCAUACGUUGUUACAACUGCGGAGAUAAGGGUCAUUCAUCGACGGAUUGUCCUAACAAAAGUAAGGGGGCAAAAUGCUACAAGUGCAAUGAGUUCGGACAUAUUGCUACAUCAUGCAAAAAUAAGACGGAAAUGACGAAUAACAGCCAAUCGCGAAGCAACGGAAAUUAUAAGGCAUCAUGGAAUUUCGGAAGACCGAAUGUGAACGGAAGAUCGCAGUGGCGCCAAUCUUAUCAAUCUCAGAAUGAACCAGCGUCAAGUGCGACAACUUCAAGAAAUACAACGGCGAUGUUCGGAGCGAUGGAAUCGGCGAAACUCAUUUCAAGCGAAUACGAUGACAGCGGUGAUGGCGGCAAUAUGCAAAAUCAAGCUGACAACUUUGACGUUAGAAAGAAUGAAUGUAUGGAGCGGAAUGUCAAGAUGACGUCUUCAUUUUUGAACGAGAGCGAGAUAUGCGUAUCCGAUGUUUCAACAAACAAGAUUGAGGUUAUGAAAAACGAAAUUAUUGCGCGUAAGCCGGAAAAAAAUAUUGAACUGUGCGGUAAACAAAUAAAUGCAUUAAUCGAUUCGGGUAGUGACAUGAACUUGAUACGUGAUGACUUUUGUUCAACGAUUUGUGUGGAGAAAUACGACGAAAACAUAACAAUGCGUGGACUUGGCGAUUCGUGUGUAAGAUCUUUGGGACUUAUUAAGAUAGAUUUCUGUGUAGAUGAUCGUAAAUAUUAUCAAGUGACCUUUCAUAUUGUUCCAAAAGAGUGUAUGCCAUAUAAAUUGAUAAUUGGUCAAGAAUUUUUGAAAACUGUAGUAAUGGUUAUGAAAGAAGGAUCAGUGUGGUUAUUUCCGAAAGACGAAGAGUGGUUGACGAAUGUUAAUUGUUUUCCUUGCACUGUUGAUCUAUUAGGUACCGUCAGCGAUCCAGUUCUGAAACAAGAAGUUAUCAAGUUAGUAGAAAAUUACCAGCCAAAGCAGACUAAAGAAGUACCAGUGGAAUUGAAGAUCAUUCUCAAGGACGACAUACCUGUGGCACAGCGACCGCGGCGUGUUUCUGUUAAGGAGCAAGAAGAAGUCGACAAGCAGAUAGAACAGUGGUUGAAAGACGGAAUUAUAAAGCAGAGAACGAAGAAGAGGCGGUUCAGCGUUUAACAGAAGUACUUCAGAUUGCAUCAGAAUAUGGACUGAAUAUUAAUUGGCAAAAAUCACAACUUAUGGUGAAGAAAGUAGAAUACCUUGGACAUGUUAUACAGAAUG